AUGAGAUAUCUUUCAUUCCUUACAUUGGCCACUGCGGCUCUAGGCCUUUCACUUCCCAAGAAGCGUUCCACGCUGUGGGACUACGCAAACGACAAGGUACAAGGUGUCAACCUUGGAGGUUGGUUUGUUUUGGAGCCUUACAUUACUCCUUCACUUUUUGAAAAGUUCGAUGAAGUUCCUGUUGAUGAGUACCACUUCACUCAGGCUUUAGGUAAAGAUCAAGCCUUGAAGGUUUUGCAAAACCACUGGCUGUCGUGGUACACUGAGGAUGACUUCAAAGCUAUCAAACAAGCUGGUCUCAACCACGUGCGUAUCCCUAUCGGAUACUGGGCAUUCAGACUCUUGGAUGACGAUCCAUAUGUUCAGGGCCAGGUGGAAUACUUGGACCAGGCCAUUGAGUGGGCCAGAAACAAUGACCUUAAGGUCUGGGUGGACUUGCACGGUGCUCCAGGCUCCCAGAAUGGUUUUGACAACUCGGGCUUGAGAGACGAGAUUGGUUUCCAAUCCAGCAAUAAUAUCGAAGUCACGUUGACUGCCUUGCAGGAUAUUUUCGACAAGUACGGAGGUUGGGAUUAUGAGGAUGUCAUCACGGGAAUUGAGCUCUUGAACGAGCCUUUGGGUCCAUCUGCCGAUUUGAACCAGCUCAAGAAUUUCUACCAGUGGGGUUACAAGAACAUGCGUUCUGUGUCUGUGAACAAUGUCAUUAUUCACGAUGCUUUCAUGCCUUACAACUACUGGGACAAAGAAUUGACUUCAAACGGAGGCUACUGGGAUGUGAUUUUGGACCACCACCACUACCAAGUGUUUAGCUCGGGAGAGUUGUCUAGAUCUAUCGACGACCACAUCUCCGUUGCUUGCUCCUGGGGUACCGGUGCCAAGUCCGAAUACCACUGGAACGUUGCUGGUGAGUUCUCUGCUGCCCUUACUGACUGUGCCUACUGGUUGAACGGUGUUAACCGUGGCGCCCGUUGGGAGGGCAACUACGACGGGUCUUCUUAUCACGGACUGUGUGACAGCUACGUGAGCGUGGACCUGUGGACUGACUCCCAUAAGUCCGACGUUCGUAAGUACUUGGAGGCACAGCUUGAUGCAUUUGAGCAGACUGCCGGAUGGAUCUUCUGGAACUGGAAGUGUGAGGACGCUAUUGACUGGGACUUGAGCAAGUUGAUUGAUGCUGGAGUUUUCCCACAGCCAUUGAACGACAGACAGUACCCUAACCAGUGUGGAUUCUAG